AUGGCACUGUUACAAGCAAUCAGAGCGCAACACCAAGAAGCCCUCGAUAAACACUUCAACGAAGCCAUUGCAACUCGAAAUUACACAAAAAUCGUCGAGCUCUUGAUGGAUCAAGAUCCGGUGAUUCCACCAAUGGCAGUCAACCUGCAGAGAUUUUUGUACUUGGCACUUUCGGUAGAGAACUUCCCCGUUGUUCAGGAAAUCAUCGAUUCCUUUGUUGGAAAGAGACUCCAUGGAACAGUCGAUUACGAAGAUGAAAAUAACGCUGGUUGGGGUCCACUACAUCUGGUAGUAGAGGACAAUAACUACGACGGAGCUACAUUUCUUCUGGAGAACGGAGCCGACCCAGAUGUGGAAACUGAAGACGGAACUCAGCCGAUAAAUAUAUCGGUUGACAACAAGAAUGUUGAGAUGACCAAGUUGCUGAUGAGCUAUGGUGCUGAUAGUUGUGGCAACAAGGAAGCUUUCAAAAAAGCAGUCUAA